CUUGCAAGUCCCCCCAAUAUUGUCACAAGUCCUACAAGCUUCUUUGCUACCCCAGUCACCACUUCACUACUUCUAUAUCAACAUGGUUCAUCUCGUCACUUCCGAUAAUGUGGAGUUCGUAGUCGACAAGGAGGUUGUCGAGCGCAGUGUUCUCAUUAAGAACAUGCUUGAAGAUGUUGGAGAGACCGAUCAAUCUAUACCCUUGGCUAACGUUUCCUCUGCCGUACUGAGGAAGGUCAUAGAGUACUGCGAACACCACAGGGGUGAACCCUUGCCUAGCGCAGACGCCGACCAGAAUCAGGAUGAGACCCGCAAGCGGACAACCGAUAUCAGCGAAUGGGAUCAGAAGUUCAUAACUGUUGACCAAGAGAUGUUGUUCGAGAUCAUCCUCGCUGCAAAUUAUCUCGAUAUCAAGUCGCUUCUCGAUGUCGGAUGCAAAACGGUUGCUAACAUGAUCAAGGGAAAGACCCCUGACGAAAUUCGUCGUCUCUUUAACAUCGUCAAUGACUUCACUCCGGAGGAGGAGGCGCAAAUCAAAAAGGAGAACGAAUGGGCAGAAGACCGAUGAGGGAUCAGUUUAUAGAGUUUACUGUUCUAGCUAUCUUUCUAUCGUCGUGUCAUUACCAGUUUCCAUCGUAUUACAGUUUGAUUUGUCCUCGUAGUUUUCAAGUUCCUAUGGAACAAUAAUCUUACGCAGUGUGCCACAAAGGCUGGCAUGUGCUUACAUAAAGUCACAG